AUGGCCGAUAAGCGUGUUGAGCAAGCUGCCCAAGCUGCUGGUGAAAAGAAGGAUACCAACCCUUCUGUAAGUAGCCAUUUACUUGUCCAGUUUUAGUGCCUCAAAUGGAUUAAGCUAAUCAAAGUGACUUAGAACCCAUCAGUUAUUUCAUCUGGAGGCGCAAUUGGCAAGCAAUUCAAUCCUGACGGGAAUAUAGGACAAAUUGGUGAGAAGAUUGGUGGUCCAUUCUCAAAGGUACAUCUCAAAGCCAUACACUGCCUUCAAAUCUUCGAAUCUGACUCGGAAAUAGGACGGUGCUAUCGGUUCCCAGUUCGAUGCCGCAAAGGAUGGUCUCGCUGGACAAGUUGAGAAGGCUGUUGAUGGACCAAGUAGACCCGCUACUGAGAAGAAGUAA